CCCUGACAGAUCACCCAUCCCAUGAUGACCCAAAAAUGCAUGAUGAAAUCACACAGAUGUUUACUGAAGGGUUUGGCCUGGUAAAUUAUUCCGAAAGUGAUGAGACUGAUGAUGAGAAAGACAACCCUACCUCUUUUGUUCGACAAAAGACAAGGAAUGAAAACAUUCAGAUGGAUGGGGUACCUGAUUAUUCUGACCCUCUGUUUGACUCGAGUGAGAGUAUAGUUGAUGAAACUGAUGAGGAGUCCAGUUCUCAAUCAGACAAAGUUGUUCCAAAGCGAAGGACAAAAAGCAUUUCGAUGGAUAAAGUACCAGAUUGUUCUGUUCCAAGUGAUGAAAGCACAGAUGAGAUUGACACUAUGUCGGAAAUGGCUCCACAAAGGCCAAAGAGAAGCUGUCACCAUCCUAUUCAAAGGCAUCUUGUAGAAUCAGAUGACUCAUGUGGCGAUAGCGAAGAUGAGUAUAUUCCAGAUCCCAGGGAGGAAAGUACAGGGGAAAGCAAUGACAGUGACUGCAGCUUGAAGUUAUCUCUGGAAAAUAAACCAAAGUCAUCUAUUAGUCAAAGCAGAAGCAAGUCAUCAAGUAAGAGCAGGUGCAAGUCUUCAGGUCAGAGCCAAUUUGAGUCCAGUCAGAGCAGAAGAUUUGAAACAAGUCAAGACUCUGUGCAAAGAUUUUCCAAUAGCAGAGAUGAAAGAAGCAGAGAGAAAACAGGGCAAACAUAUAGUAAGAAGGCGAUGAGUGUUUCAGUUCCUCUUGAAGAGCCCUCUGUCUAUGUUAAUGAAGUUUUAAAAAAAGAAGAUGGGUCUAGAAGAUACAACAAGAAGCAUCACUGCUUGUUUUGUAGCCAAGUUGUUCAGAAAAUGUCCAGACACUUGUCACGUAAACACAGCGACGUAGUUGAAGUUGCUAAAGCAUUAAGUUUGCCAAAGAACUCGAAAGAAAGGAGACUACAGUUAGAUUAUAUCCGAAACAAAGGAAACUUUGAGCACAACGUUGAAGUUUUGGAGAGCCGCAAAGGCCAACUCAUCCCAUGGAAGCAACCAAAGAAAAAAACUGAAGGACAAGAAUUUACGCACUGUGUUUACUGCUACGGACUGUUCCGAAAAAAAGUGAUGUGGAGACAUUUUAAGGUUUGCAAUUUUAAGCCUCAGGGCAAAAACUCUAAACGAGGAAAAUCCAGAGUUCAAGCGUUGUGUGCUUUUGCAGAACCUGCUCCAGCUGGUUUUAGUGACGCAUACUGGAAGUUCCUGAGCGAAAUGAACCAGGACGAAGUUGCAGUUGCAGUUAAGGAAGACCGCUGCAUUCUUGAGUAUGGUCUCAGAUUAUUCAGUAAGAAUGAGCACGUAACUAGCCAACAUCAAUAUAUCAGACAGAAACUCAGAGAGCUUGCCAGGCUGGUACUUGAAGCAAAAAAGGUGACGCAUGUGAAGUCAAUAAAAGAACUCAUAAAACCUGAAAAGUACAGUCAGGUUGUCAGAGCUACAAGAUGCCUUGCUGGUUUUAGUGACACAACUGGCAAAUAUAAACGUCCAUCUCUUGCUCGCAAAGUUGGGCAUGGCUUGCAUGCUUUAGCUAUGUUUAUCAAGUCUGAAGGACUGAUGAGGAAAGAUCAACAGACUGCCAAAGAUGCUGAGGAAUUUGCACUGUUAUAUCAAGAAAGUUGGAAAUUUGACAUUGCGAGUCAAGCACUUACUCAGCUUAAUCAGACCAAGUGGAAUUCUCCUCAGGUUCUGCCGUUCACACAGGACGUCCAAAAACUUCAUUGCUAUUUGUCUGACAAACAGCAAGAACUACUUGAUGCUCUUCAAAAAGAGCCUUCUCCAUUAAACUGGAAAGACCUAGCUAAAGUGACCCUGGCAAAUGUUAUCCUCUUCAACCGCCGUAGAUCAGGAGAGGUAUCCCGAAUGCCCUUGUCUGUGUACUUGUCAAAGGAUACAUCAGAAACUCAUGAAGAUGUUAACCUAGCCCUUACAGCACUCGAGCAGAAGCUUUGCAAACAUUUUGUCCGGGUUGCCAUAGUAGGAAAGAGAGGAAGGAAAGUCCCUGUUCUCCUUACUCCAGUAAUGAGGGAAUCACUUGAUGCUUUGACCGAGAAGCGAGAAGAAUGUGGAGUUCUGAAAGAAAAUGGCUUCUUGUUUGCAUUGCCACACUCUGUCCAUUACUUGAGGGGUUCUGAUUGCAUUAGGCAGUUUGUGAACGAAUGUGAUGACAUCAAACAUCCCGAAGCGCUAACUUCAACAAAACUAAGGAAACACAUUGCUACUCUGUCAACCGUUCUAAAUCUGAAAACAACAGAACUCGACCAGUUAGCAGAUUUCCUUGGCCACAACAUUGCAGUCCACAGAAAGCACUACCGUCUUCCAGAAGGCACCCUCCAGCUGGCUAAAAUUAGCAAAGUACUUUUAGCUCUGGAAAAGGGACGGCUAGGAGAGUACAAGGGGAAGAAUCUGGAUGAAAUUCAGCUUGAUGUGACUGAGGCUGUUGACGUGGACAUGGAUGAGUGCUCUCAAGAAGAAGACCGGCCCAACACCGCUGAACACCAGUAUGAGUACCGCGGAUCCAUUCCAAGAGGUCAUAGACGCAUUGCGCCGAGCACUCACAGCCACUCCACCCGCAUCUUCACCAGCAAGCACUUCCGCAUCCACCGCCGCCUCUUCCUCACCACCUGCCGUCGCUAGUCCCCAUGGCCAAACCGGCACCCUUCUCUGGUUCGGAGGAGGAUUGCAAUGGAUUCCUCCUGCAAUGUUCGCUGGUCCUGGAGAUGCAACUGCACCUGUAUUCCAACGACAAUGCUAAGGUAGCUUUUAUAAUCUCUCAACUAGCAAGGCGCUUCGCUGGGCUGAACCGCUCUGGUCCCAGAAAAAUUCCAUUACCCAGUCUCAUUGCUCACUUCAAAGUCGUCUUUGGAAGACCCGCGUGGGAUUCAUCCAUCGGUGAGCAGUUAUACCAAUUGAAACGAGGUUCAAUGACUGUUAACGACUAUGCUCUCCAAUUCAGAACCCUUGCUGCAGCUAGCAGAUGGAACGAGCAGGCCCUUAUCACCACAUAUUGUCAAGGGCUGCAUACGAGGAUUCCAUCGGGCUUGAACACUUCAUUCAACUAUCCAUCAGAUUUGCCACUCGAAUGCAGUCUUGUCUCAGAGCACCAGGGCCAGCCGCUUUUCCAUCUUCACUCCGCCGACCAGAAUCCGUCAGCUCCCCAGAACCAGCCAAUGAACCCAUACAAAUUGAAAACACUCGUCUGUCUGCGGCAGAGACGGUUGACCCAGAACUUAUGUUUAUAUUGUGGAUUAUCUGGGCAUUACAUCUCUGAAUGCCCCACUCGCCCAGUUCAUCCCAUGGUGAGUGUGAUUAUUCCCUCUAUUAAUAAGAUGAAACCACUCACCACUAUUGUAAAACCUUACUGCUGCCGGUUUGUCUCUUCCAGUCAGUGCCCUCCUCGAUUCUGGGUCAGCUGGUAAUUUCUUAUCCGGCGCCCUCUGCCGACAGCUCGAUCUCAAGACAACAGCCACGCCGUCGACUUACCAGAUCCACUUGGUAACUGGAAGGCUCGUCAGCCGAAGUCAAGUGCGCUUCAGCGCAGGCCCGAUCCAACUUCAAGUCGGCAUCCUCCACGUUGAGCAACCCCAUCUGCUGGUUCUGGAGGAAUCCACCGAUCUUCAGGGCGCCCGUGGUUGGAGCAGCAUAACCCAGUCAUUUCAUGGAAUACUGGGGAAAUCCUGAAGUGGGGUGACAACUGCUUCCUGGACUGCUUUCCUGAGUUUCCUGUUCCAAGCUCUCCUUGUUUUGAAGAAUUACCAGUCUGUGCUACGUCUUUAAGAAAGCCCCCUAGACAACCGUUCAGUGGACAUUCCCCAGUGUUACUCCCACUUCAGUGAUGUCUUCUGCCCAAGAAAGCCUCCACACCGGCCAUGGGACUGCGCUAUUGAUCUGCUUCUGGGUGAGCCAGUGCUCCAAGGGAAGAUCUAUUCCCUAUUCCCCUAGUAAUGUCACAGACUAGCCAGGCUCUACCUUCACACAGACACAGCUCACGUCAUCACCGCCGUUUUAAUCACGCACACCUGCAGCCCAUCACCACCCUCAUCAGCAGCAGCACAAAAGACUCACGCACUCACUCAGUCACUGUCCAGUCUCGUUUGCACAUGGUCUUACCUGCUUGCUUACCU